AUGAGUGCCAGCACCCAGAUCUCCUUCCUAAUCCACAACCUUCCUUCUACUCCCAACAAUUCUUCUGGUUCAUCUCAUCCUGAUACGGCAUACGGAUUUGCUAUUGACGUUAUACUGGACCAGCGGCUUUCUUCAGCCGCCCCUGCAUCCUGGGUCAUUCCAGCCACAGUCGCCCACGCUGUUCUGCAACCUCACCUUGGUACGUAUCUCUCUCACUUAAUUUAUAUAUUCUUCCUCCACUCGGAUUCCUACAGCAUCCUCAUUACUGUCUCGAGAGGGAGUACUUGUAGUGGGUCAUUGCCUUCCGAUAUUUGGCCUUCCUGUCGUGACUUCAAUCUGUCUUGA